AUGUUUUCGGGAAGGUUUUCAUUAAAGCGUUCUGAAGAUGGUGCGAUUCAGACGAUUGAAAUCGAUCGAGAUGGAAAACACUUCCGCCAUAUACUUAACUACCUGCGUGAUGGGAAGUUAUCUUUACCCGAAGAAGCCACAUGCACUGAUCUGGAGGAAAUCGAGACAGAAGCCACUUAUUACCAGAUACAAGGAAUUAUCGACGAGUUAAGUAAACCCAGAUCCGCGCAGAGUCAGAAGAGUUCCAUUCAAGGAGCCACAGCGCUAGCCACAAGGUUGUUUUCAGAUUCUAAGAUUCUGACUCGAGAACUUGACAUGAUCCUGUCAGGUAUGCUACUUUACAAAACUGGCGACUGGCGACUUCUGUACAGAGCUUCUCGAGACGGCUUCGAGGCAGAAUCGUUCCACUUAAAAUGCGACUACAAAGGUCCAACAGUAACGGUUGUGAAAAGUGGAAACUUCAUAUUUGGCGGAUUUACUGAAGCAGCAUGGAGGAGUCCGCGUAAGUAAAAUAACGUUGUCUUCUUGAAUAGUACAAUAACUGUAAUUGUUACUCGAGGUCUAGCAGGAUGGAGUUUUAAAGUGGCCAUAUUAACACUUACCGGAGUCCACUUCAAUGAACCAAGAAUCGAUUUCCUUUAUAAUCGAAGUUAAGGUCUCGGUAAAGGAAAACGAGGUGCCCACAGAAAAAAAUUCUAGUCGCGCGAGUAUUUUCGCUACAAAGGCAAGUUAUAUAUCAAAUUAAAGGUAAAGACUAAAUUACCUUAUUAAAGAUUUUAUUUCAUCGAAUUUUAAAAGGCGCUUAUGUUUUUUGCUCUCGAACUCAGAGGUAUCGAGUUUACUGCUGAAGCUCCAGCCCUUUCGCGUUGUUAAAUAUUCACUUCCUUUUUAAUUAUUGCGUCUCAUUGACAGAUAAAAGACCUAAAAAAGGGUGUGAGGACAUUUGCAUAUGUCUCGUAUUAGCGGAAUUGUUACAUUUCAAACUAAAAAGUCGAAUCUCGAGCGCGAUUUACGCAAAGAAACUGAGAUAAAAUGAGUUACAAAGGGAAAUCGGAAAAUUCCUCACACCCGUUUUGAGUCUAUAUCAUUAUCCAUCAUAUCUGAAAGUUUAAAAGCGAUAGCUUAAAACCUGUUCCGACUGGAGGUCGGAGAAUUUUGAUUUUUGCGUCUAAAAUAGAGUGAGAGAAAAUCAGCUCUAAAGAUUUAGCGCGAGGUCCACGCUUGGCUGGUUAGCUCAGAAAAGGCUCAUUUUAGGAGGGUUAAAAAGCACUUUCUGAUUUUCUUUUUCUGCCAAAAUAAAAUUUAGGACCCACUCAUGCCAAAAAUCCAAAAAAAAAAACGAAAUCGAACAAUGUACUAAAAUUUUCAUUUACCAAGACCUUAAGCCAAGCUGGCAAUGAAAAUUUAAUGUUGAUAAAUAGCCACACACUUUUGGAUACUUAUACGUUAUACGUGGGAAUAACGCCGCACGAACUAGUGAAAAGUGAUUUUUGUGAAUUCAUUCUUCACUCAGGCAGACAUUCAGUUAGUAUCGUUCUAAAGUCGUAUUUCAAGACCAAAUUUAUACGCGACAUGACGAGAGGGUGGAUUGAGGGUCAGUUUUAAAUAUAACUUGAGUCACAUCAGCAGAUCAGUACUCGUCUGAAUUAGUGUACAGUCACCAGGAUUUUAUAUAGGCUUUAUUUGGGGUUUUAGCGGGAGUAAGGUAUAACUGGCCAAAAUAUUUUUAAGAUAGAUGAUUUGAAAAAUGAAUCCUAGGGAUAGCCAAAAAUGGUGGAUUUAGGGAUAACGGAACUAUAUUCAUUAAGAUGAUAAAUACUUCAACCCCCCUUAAUUGGGACCGGAUAUAUAGUUUUGAAUGAACGUUCAUUAAACUUUGCUGCAUGUAUUCGGCCAAACAUAGUGACAACAGGGUCAGUUAAAAGUUUGUAAAAAAUAUUUAAUUUUCUCCUCAAGGUGUGCGUAUGGAAGUUAUUGAAUCCAAACAGGCAUUCCUAUUCAGUUUGGUCAAUCCAUUUGGGACGGAGCCUGUUCGAAUACCCGUAGACGAGAAGGAGAGCGGUUGUGUUAUUGCCUGUAAAAAGUCGCUUGGGCCAUCGUUUGGACAAGACUAUUGGUCAGAAAAAUACCUACACAUUUCAAAUAAUGCGCAGUCAUCUCGAUCAAGUUAUAGUCGUCUACGAGAAAAAUUUUCGUGCCCUGGAGGAAAACAAGGAGAUUUGUUCUUCACGGGUACUAAAGAUUUUACCGUCGAUGAUUACGAAGUGUUUGAAUUUUACUAGUGAUAAUUUUCGUACUCUAUCCACAAGUGUAGUGGGACUGGCUAAGGACGUCCGUAAGUGGAAAAUUGAUUCCACCUUUGUGAAAGAGGUAGAUUUAAAGACUGGAUCCAUAAAGUGAACUUCAGAACGUAGUUUUAAAUUUAACAUUGUAAAUGAAGAGAGAAUUAGGUUCGAAAGUUUGUGCAAUGAUAUUUUAAACUUUUCAUAACAAACAAAAAAAUUGCAUUGAGGGGGUGGACUUUGCGUUGUUUGUUGUAAGGUAGCUAGCCCAUGAUCUAUCCUUUGACCUUUGUGAAAGAGGUAGAUUUAUAGACUGGAUCCAUAAAGUGAACUUCAGAACGUAGUAUUAAAUUUAAUAUUGUAAAUGAAGAGAGAAUAAGGUCCAAAGUUUGUACAAUGAUAAAUUAACCCUUUAAUGAAAAACAAAAAAAGGCAUUGACGGGGCGGAUUUUGCCUUCUUUGUUGUAAGGUAGCUAAGCCCAAUCUAACCUUGACAAAUAAAAUUAAUGCAAUGAAUCUACUAGGAAGGUUUCUUACACCGAUCACUUUGUUUUCUAAUUUUGUAUUAAUUAUGAGGUUGCUAUAGAAAUAUGUUGUUGCCGUUACAAUAGACCAGGUUAGGCUUAUUUUCCUUGUGCAUUUUGUGCCCACUGAAUGUCAUGUAACGGUACUCAAAGGAGUAUUAUUUUCUUUCAAAAUAAAGCUCAUUAAAGUAAAUGAUUGAACCUAGGAGAGUCAUGUCAUAAGUAGGUGGAAUAUGAACCUACGGGUGAUGAAGUACUAAAUAAGUGUUAUUCUUGACAGUGACUGACGGUUCGGCAAACUGUGCGGUAGUCAUCUUUUGAGUCAGUGGUCAAAAAGUUGCUUCCUUGAUUUUCAAAAAGACAAAGUACCCCGGGGGAAACUCAAAAAGUUGUAUACAGGGAGGCUCCGCCCCGAGGUCCAACCCCGUACCCGCUUAGAACUUUCCAUCCCUUUAAACUGCUAUAAAUGCUCUGUCUAAAUAAAUCUCAAAAACCAGAACGUUUUCUGGACUUUCUCACAGUCAUAAAAUCAGCUGUUAGUCGUUCUGGUCCUUUUUACCGAACCAAAUGACAGAUUUCCCUACGCUUUCAUAUAGUUCAACAAGUGAAACCCUUCCCUUUCAUAUAUAUCUGAGGCCUGAAAACGAUACCCCUUUAAUUUUUGGGCGGGGCAUCCCCGUAUAGGUCAUUAUAGGGAGUGCCCCCCCCCGGGACAGAGGGUUUUAAAAAUCUCCUCACUUGUUCUACAUUGGAGAGACGAAAUAUAAGAUCUAUUCGACCCUUUUAAAUUGCAAAGAUUUGGGCAUAAAAUUUGGUACUUAUGUCGUGGAGCUGAACACCUGUUUACGUUUCGUAGAUUCUAGUUGUGUUACGUAAUAUUUGUAAGUGCAGAGACGACCGCACAAGUAUUUUACGCGUUUUUUCGCAAGAGUUCCCUCUUUCGGUCAGCAGAGACACUUUCGCAACUGAACUCCCCACCCCCUCUCCCGGAUCCGCCUCUGCUAGUGACAAGUUCGACCACAUAUAAUGAGCUCACAGAUUCAUAUGGAAUUCGAUUAUUUGAAAAGAGGUAUUUCUUUCAUUUCUUUUUCUUAGUUUCGCGUUUUCAUUUUGGUAUGACAACCCUGUGUGGCCUUUUGUGAUUGGUUAUCUGUUGUGGUUUAAUUUCAUCCUUAAUUCAAAUUUUAUUUUCAUCUGCUUCACACUCUUUAUCAUAUAUCGGAUUAUACCGAAAAAAAAAAACAAAGAAAAAUAUGACUUGGGCCAAGGAUUAAAUAAAACUCAUAAGGGGUUGAAACGUGUAACUCUCAUAUGUUUGCUUUGUCCGAUGCUCGUGAUUAUUUAUUUUCGAAAGUACCAUAUUUGGAACGAGAAGAAGAGAUAACUGACCAGUCAAAUUUCGUAAACAACGUGACAAAAUUUUCCUUCAGGUUCCCGCGCCCGCUUAAAAAAAUGGCCGACAAACGGGGGAAAAACUCCCGAAAGCCGAGAAAGCUUUCAAAGGUUGAAACCAGGAAUAUUACCGAAACACUCACGCCGUGAAGAAAACAAGGUUGAAUACCUCGAAGGACGAUUUCUUGAUGAAAAGCUUCCCUUUCUCCACAAAAAGAAAGCUGAGCAUUCUUUUGAACUUUCUCUGUCCAUUUUUUGUCUUUUAACGGUGUAUUUUAAACCUUGAAAUGCAGAACUCUUGUCUUAAAACAUCUGCAUGGUGAUCGCGCGGCAGCCAUUUUGUUGAAAAUGGAUAUCUGCCACUAAGGUUUCCAAAUAUGAUAAAAGUGAAUAUUCACGAGCAUUGAACGUGAGUUACACGUUUCAACCCGUUGUGAGUUUCUGAUAAAACCACACUAUAAAUUUUUGAUGGAAUCCCAUAUUUACACGUGAUUGAAGUUGAUCGAGCUCUUUCCGAGGCAGGUCAUUUCUAAAAUGAAUGACAGAAGUCAGGAAGAAGAGGCAUUGUCUCAGGCGCAAAUCCUUGCUAACGUCGAAAGACAAAUCAACGCAGCUACAGCUGCAAUUAGUGAGGCUUGUAAGCAACUGCAACAAGAAGCAGACAAGCUUCAUAACGAGCGGGAAACAUUCGAUCAAAUGUCCAAGAAAAUAGAAAGUACGCAGAUUUCUGAGACGGUUAACCUCAACAUCGGUGGCCAGCAUUUUACCACAACUCGCACAAACGCUGACCAAGGACCCAAACUCGUACUUUGCUGCUAUGUUUUCGGGAAGGUUUUCAUUAAAGCGUUCUGAAGAUGGUGCGAUUCAGACGAUUGAAAUCGAUCGAGAUGGAAAACACUUCCGCCAUAUACUUAACUACCUGCGUGAUGGGAAGUUAUCUUUACCGGAAGAGGCCACGUGCACUGAUCUGGAGGAAAUCGAGACAGAAGCCACUUAUUACCAGAUACAAGGAAUUAUCGACUCUGAAUUUCAUGGUCAUUGAAAAACUGUGGCAUUAUCUUCUAUAAGCCCAAACUUGAGUAAACAUUGAAGAUUUUUAGCGUUUUGGCUGAGUUUGUGCUUUGGGAGUUGUCUAUUGUUUCUAGUCUGUCAUUUAUACAGCAUUCUUGUUCAGCACGAGUGCAAUGAGCACGCUUGGCUGACUUCCGAAUGCUCACCGAGAUAUUCCCGUCACGAGUUGGUUUAAUUAUUGGCUUGCAUUAUACCUAUGAAAAAAUGAUAUUUUUUUAAUAGUAAGUAGAUUUAGUGUGUAGCACUUCUUGAUUUUUUUGCAAAGGCACAAGAAGCACGAGAAUUGAUUAAAAAUUGUGUUAAACCUCUAUGUAUCACGCGAUGGCCUGUCUCACUGUACCAAAAUUAUCAUAUCUUGGUGAGCAUUCGGAAGUCAGCCAAGCGCGGUCAUUGAACGCGUGCUGAACAAGAAUGCUGUAUAAUGACAGACUAGAAACAAUAGACAACUCCCAAAGCACAAACUCAGCCAAAACGCUAAAAAUCUUCAAUGUUUACUCAAGUUUGAGCUUAUGGAAGAUAAUGCCACAGUUUUUCAAUGGCCAUGGAAUUCAGAGUCCGGGUAGUUAGUUAAUCAGUUGUGGCCUUGAAAAAAUUUGAAGGAAAAAAAACUACGAACUUUUAAGAAAAUGCUUUUUUCGUGAGAAGGACUCUUAAACGCUGACAAACGUCAACAAAUAGCGAAAACUGUAAUUUCUAUAUGUUUGCUUUGCUCGAAAUCGCUCGCAUUUACAAGGCCCUAAAGCGUUUUGCUGACUUGCAAGGACCCAUCUGUUAUAAGGAUGCCCAAAAUAAAGAGAUGAAUCUCAUAGUUUAUUAGAUAUAAUCCGUGUAAAGUUUGCUUAUCAUUUUCGCAUAAAUUAUGACCUAAAUUUGGAAACCGCUGAAUUUCUCGAAUUGGGUCUUUGCGAUUUUGGUGAAACUCUGUUCAGCGCAAGGCACUAAUGCGCACUAUGUGUAGCCGAGAGAUUUUCACGAAAAAAUGCCGGCAACCGCAGAUUUUCGACUCAGACCUCAAAGGGGCGUGGCAAUAUAACCACGUGACAUUUACUCCGAUCGCCAAAAAUUUUAUGUCAUAUUGUAGAUUGAUCUAUAUGUUAUCGAUUCUAUGUGUUAGACUUACGAUAAAAGUAAAGGUGGGGAUACCAGAGAGCUUCAAAGUAGGAUGGUACCCCCCCCAAAAAAAAAACUGGGUCGAGUCACCUUAAUGUUGAUAAACGUGGGCAUAACGCCGCACGUGCUGGUGAAAAGUGAUUUUUGUGAAUUCAUUAUUCACGCGGGUAGACUUUCAGUUAGUACCGUUCUAAAGUCGUAUUUCAAGACCAAAUUUAUACGCGACAUGACGAGAGGGUGGAUUGAGGGUCAGUUUUAAAUAUAACUUGAGUCACAUCAGCAGAUCAGUACUCGUCUGAAUUAGUGUACAGUCACCAGGUUUUUAUAGAGGCCCUGUUUGGGGUUUUAGCGGGAGUAAGGUAUAACCGGCGAAAAUAUUUUUAAGAUAGAUGUUUUUAAAAAUAAAUCCUUUGGAUAGCCAAAAAUGGUGGAUUUAGGGAUAACGGGAACUAUAAUCAUUAAGAUGAUAAAUACUUCAACCCCCCUUAAUUAGGACCGGAUAGUUUUGAAUGAACGUUCAUUAAACUUUGCUGCAUGUAUUCGGCCAAAUAUAGUGACAACAGGGUCAGUUAAAAGUUUGUAAAGAAUAUUUAAUUUUCUCCUCAAGGUGUGCGUAUGGAAGUUAUUGAAUCCAAACAGGCAUUUCUAUUCAGUUUGGUCAAUCCAUUUGGGACGGAGCCUGUUCGAAUACCCACAGACGAGAAGGAGAGCGGCUGUGUUAUUGCCUGUAAAAAGUCGCUUGGGCCAUCGUUUGGACAAGACUAUUGGUCAGAAAAAUACCUACACAUUUCAAAUAAUGCGCAGUCAUCUCGAUCAAGUUAUAGUCGUCUACGAGAAAAAUUUUCGUGUCCUGGAGAAAAACAAGGAGAUUUGUUCUUUACGGGUACUAAAGAUUUUACCGUCGAUGAUUACGAAGUGUUUGAAUUUUACUAGUGAUAAGUUUCGUACUCUAUCCACAAGCGUAGUGGGACUGGAUAAGGACGUCCGUGAGUGGAAAAUUAAUUCCACCUUUGUGAAAGAGGUAGAUUUAUAGACUGGAUCCAUAAAGUGAACUUCAGAAC